AAAAUCCUGGUCCUUCUGGAACCACAGCUCAAGUUGUGUCAUCACUGUCAACCCGUUGAAUGCAAUACCUGCAUUAUGUCUACACACAUUGGAUCCAACUCCCUCGAAACGUUUGACUCAGACCUCCUCAGCUCCCUCAAAAUGUUUGACUCAGACGGUCAGACCUCCUCUACUCCUCUUGAUGAGCACAUGCAUCAAGCUCAGGACAUUGACUGUGCAGAAAAGGAUAGAGCAGCCUCUUGCUCGACCGUCGUAGAGGAAGAGACAACUGCUGCUGGCAUGUUGUUUGUGGGAGCGCAUUCAGCCACUGAAGCAGCUACGACGGAAACCUCUACAGAAGCGCAACAAGAUUCGCCAGUUGUGGAGGAGAUGAUAGUGGGUGAUGAGUUUGGAGGACGAGGCUCUGACUGUGUCGAGCAGAAUGGCGGAUCGAUCAAGGAACGCUACACGGACGUGUGGUUUAAUAUUUAG